CCCGGCUCAUGGCUUGCCCGUCGAGCAGCACAGGCGAGCACGGCACUUGUGGAGUCCGGUCCAUCACGCCUUCAGCGCAGAGAACCAACCACAUAUCGCAGUCUUAAGGCCAAGGGCAGAGCCCCGCGCUGGCCCAAGCUCCCGAAGCGACCCUCACAGUAUUCCUCUAUUCUCUCUUCCAUUCUUUCCAUUAAACUCCCGCAAUCAUGUCUGGAAACACUAGAGCUUUCUUCGUGGUGCAGUACGCCGGUAAGGUUGGCCGCAUCAAUUUCAACCUCUUCGAGCGUGACGUUCCUAGGACCGCAAGGAACUUCCGUGAGCUCUGCAGCGGCGCCCACGGCUUCGGCUACAAGGGUUCCGGCUUCCACCGUGUCAUCCCCGACUUCAUGCUCCAGGGUGGUGACUUCACCAACCACAACGGCACCGGCGGCAAGUCCAUCUAUGGUGAGAAAUUCAACGACGAGAACUUCCUCUACAAGCACACCAAGCCCGGCCUCCUGUCCAUGGCCAACGCUGGUCGCAACACCAACGGCUCUCAGUUCUUCAUCACCACUGUCGAUACCCCCUGGUUGGACGGCAACCAUGUUGUCUUCGGUGAGGUUGCCGACAGGGACUCCUUUAUCGUUGUCAAGGAAAUUGAGAGCCUUGGUACCGACUCCGGCGAUGUCCGUGCGCCUGUCGUUAUCGUCGACGCUGGUGAGCAAUAGAUUCGGACAUGACCUCACGGGCUGAGGGAUAUUCAUGACCAUGGUCGGUUUUCUCGGUGCCAGCUACAUAUAUAUCCUCCAUAAACUCAUUAUAUGGAGUAUCGAUUAUGUAGCCAUUGUAGAAACCUCAAUUUCUUAGAAAGUCUACAGUAGAUGUAGGGAAUGUCUGGUCGACGGUGGAUUCAAAUCGAAGGGCAUAAUAUAUUUAAUGGCGCGAGUGCCCAGGGUAAGACGUACUCGCACUGAUGCGGGGGAAAGAAAAGAAAGAAAGACUCUUGGUACAUAACAAUCGUCCCCGUCAUCUUUACGCUCGCUUUCGGAAUUGGAGGUGUAGCGGCGGCAGAGCCGUGGUAAAUAUAUCCCGUGCCCGCCUCUCAAAAAUUUCUCCCGUUUCUCCCGGUGCAAAUGCUAUAUCGUACUGUUGGGCCAGGAUGGACAAGGAAAUACGAAGAC